GCCCGGCUCUGGGGACACUCUCUCUCCACUCCCUGGACUGGCUGCUUCUGCUGCUGCUGCUUCUGCUUCUGCUGCAGAGGAACCAAUGAGCUGACUUCAGCCCAACAGUCCCCCACCACUGCUGCUCAACACAUGGGACCUGCUCAGAUGUCAGCGUUCUGAUCUCGGAUCAGAGUAGGGUUGAGAGGUUUACUGAGUUCUCAACAGAUUUUCAAACGUUGGAGUCGUGAUGUGCCACACCGGGAUAUGGGCAGUGCUCCUCAUGGCACUGACAAGUGCUUUGGCCCAAGAAUAUUUUGAAGACAGAGAAGUGAAGCGGAAAUCCAAAGACUUCUCGCACUCAAAGAGUCUUCAUGAUGGAGAAGCGUCGGUGGACGAGGACUGCGGCCUGGAGCUGUCCUUCCUGCUGGACAGCUCGGAGAGCGCCAAGGAGAACCACGAGCAGGAGAAGAGCUUCGCCAUGGACGUGGUGGACCGCCUGCAGGGCCUCCGCCUGCAGAGCGGCCGCGCGCUCAGCACGCGGGUGGCGCUGCUGCAGUACAGCAGCCACGUCAUCACCGAGCAGACCUUCAAGCAGUGGCGCGGCGCCGAGGACUUCCGGGCCCGCAUCACCCCCAUCGUGUACAUCGGCCACGGCACCUACACCACCUACGCCAUCACCAACAUGACCCAGAUCUACCUGGACGAGAGCAGCGCCAAGGGCAGCGUCAAGGUGGCCAUGCUGCUCACCGACGGCCUCUCCCACCCCCGCAACCCCGACAUCUUCUCGGCCGUGGCCGACGCCAAGAACCAGGGCGUGCGCUUCUUCACGCUGGGCAUCACGCGCACGGCCAACGAGCCCGCCAACGUGGCGCAGCUCCGGCUGCUGGCCAGCGCCCCGGUGUCUCGGUACCUCCACAACCUGCAGGACGCCGACGUCAUGGACAAAGUGCUCCGAGUGAUCACGGACUUGGCCAAUGAGGGGUGCCCUCUAGCGCAGAUCUGCGCCUGUGACAAAGGAGAGAGAGGACCGGCAGGCCCGGCGGGCAAGAAGGGUCGUCCAGGCGAGGACGGCGCGGCCGGACUCAGAGGCUACAAGGGCGAAGCAGGACUGAGCGGUCUACCUGGACGAGAGGGCCCGGAGGGGAAACCAGGCUACAAAGGAGAGAAGGGCGAGGGCGGUGAGUGUGGUACUCCUGGAAGCAAAGGAGAUAAGGGCUCUGAGGGUCCAGUUGGAAUCAGGGGAACCAGAGGUCUGCAGGGGUUCCCGGGUCCCCAUGGCGACGUAGGGCCGGAGGGGCUGCAGGGGAAGCAGGGCGAGCGUGGGCCCAGUGGACCGCCUGGUGUUCAGGGUGAGACAGGCGUCGGACUGGCAGGACCGAAGGGUGACAUCGGGUACCAGGGCCGGGCCGGCCCAACCGGCCCCCCAGGGAUGGGGGAACCGGGAGUGUCUGGGCCUCAGGGCCCACAGGGGGCACAAGGAGAGAGAGGGCCGCAUGGCGAAGGACUACCUGGAUCAAAGGGGGACCGGGGCCUGGGAGGCCCCCGGGGGACCAGAGGACAGACGGGAAUGGGGAUCAAAGGGGAGAAGGGAGAAAUCGGAUCUCCUGGUUCAACGGGACCGCUCGGACUGGCAGGAGUGGGCAUUCAGGGAGAGAAGGGUGUGGAGGGGCCCCGAGGACCCCCAGGGGUCAGGGGCCAACAGGGAGAAGGAUUACCCGGAUCAAAGGGAGACCAAGGCUUCCCCGGAGAACAGGGAUCCACAGGAGAGAGAGGUUUUGGCGAGCCCGGUACAAAGGGAGAUCCUGGCUCCGGCGGGCUGGCUGGUCUGCCUGGUCUUCCUGGAGAAGACGGGGCUCCUGGACAGAAGGGUGAAGCUGGUUUAACGGGCUUAAGAGGUGCUGAGGGAGCUGCAGGAGUCGGCAUUCAGGGAGAAAAGGGCGACCAGGGUACGAGAGGGAUCAGAGGGCUACACGGACCUCCCGGGAUGAGCGGACCUUCUGGGCCGAAGGGAGAACCGGGAACCCCAGGACGGCUCGGCCUUCCUGGUCCCCAGGGCCGGUCCAUAGCAGGUCCCAAGGGAGAUCUCGGGCCCUCUGGUCCCUCGGGGCCCGUUGGAGAGACAGGACACGGGCUGCCCGGCCCCAAGGGCGACCGCGGCCACAUCGGUCUCCCCGGCUACGGGGGUCCGAAAGGCGAGGGCUUCCCCGGCCCCAUGGGUCCUCCCGGCUUGCCUGGUUUGAGCGGAGAGCAGGGGCCUGAAGGAGUAGGAAUCCAAGGGCCCAAGGGAGACAUUGGCUUCCGAGGACUUCCCGGUUUACCAGGCCAACAAGGAGAAGGGUUACCGGGCGCCCCGGGCCUCACUGGGAGACCGGGACCCUCGGGACCAUCCGGGCCCCCAGGGGAAGGUAUCCAAGGCCCGAAGGGUGAUCCCGGGUCUCAGGGGGUGACCGGGCCGAGAGGGACCGCAGGGGUGGGGCAUUCCGGCCCUAAGGGCGACCGCGGAGCCCAGGGAGAGAGAGGGCUGAAGGGGGUGACGGGGGAAGUGGGCGACCAUGGCAUCCCUGGAGAGUCUGGAAGGCAGGGGGAGAAGGGAUUGGCAGGCCUCACUAGAGACGACAUCAUUAAGCUCAUCAAAGAAAUAUGUGGCUGCGGGGUCAAGUGCAAGGAGAGGCCGAUGGAGCUGGUGUUCGUCAUCGACAGCUCGGAGAGCGUCGGGCCGGAGAACUUCGAGAUCAUCAAGGACUUUGUGACGCGUCUGGUGGACCGCACCACGGUGGGCCGCAACGCCACCCGCAUCGGCCUGGUCCUCUACAGCCUGGACGUGCACCUGGAGUUCCACCUGGCGCGCCACGCCACCAAGCAGGAGGUGAAGCAGGCCAUCCGCAAGAUGCCCUACAUGGGCGAGGGCACCUACACGGGCACGGCCAUCCGCAAGGCCACCCAGGAGGCCUUCUACAGCGCCCGGAACGGCGUCCGCAAGGUGGCCAUCGUCAUCACCGACGGGCAGACGGACAGGCGCGAGCCGGUGAAGCUGGACCUGGCGGUACGCGAGGCGCACGCCGCCAACAUCGAGAUGUACGCGCUGGGCAUCGUCAACUCCUCGGACCCGACCCAGGCCGACUUCCUCCAGGAGCUGAACCUCAUCGCCUCGGACCCCGACACGGAGCACAUGUACCUCAUCGACGACUUCAACACUCUGCCAGCACUGGAGUCUCAGCUGGUCAGUCAGUUCUGUGAAGAUGAAACCGGUGCACUUAUCUACAACCGCGUGACGAACGGAUAUGGGAAUGGCAACGGGAACGGCAACGGGAACGGUCAUUAUGGUAAUGGACAUAAUGGUAACGGCAAUAACGGUUAUGGCAAUAAUGGUCAUGGCAACAACGGGAACGUACUGAAUGGAUACGUUGAAGAACGCAUCGCACACACCCACACCAGCCACGGGAAUACCGGCCACGGCAGUCGUGGAAGCACCGGCCACGGCAACAAUGGGGACGGCAGGGCCGAGUCCAACAACAACGGCUUCAUCACCGCUGAGGAGGAGUUGGAGAACAGGAGACUCAUCCACAGCCUGAGUACCGCCCGGAGCCGCGGAGACACCUUCGCCCUGCCCCUCAACGCCGGGCCCCUCCCGGCUAAGGUGGAGGAGGACGACGGAGAAGAUCUGGACUUGAAGACCCACCUGCGCGGGAUUAAAACGCUGACGGUGGUCAACAAGUCCACGUCCGUGUCCCCCGUGAAGGAGAGCUCCCGUCUCAUGGACACCAUCCGGUCCUCUACGUCGAUUGUGUCGUCACCAUCAUCCUCUUCAUCGUCCUCGUCAUCUUCAUCCUCAUUCUUAUCAUCGUCAUCAUCGUCAUUACCGUCAUCAUCAUCAUCAUCAUCAUCAUCAUCAUCAUCCAUAUCAUCAGAGGUGACUUCAUCCACUUCUGGCAUCGUCACUACCUUCUCCGCCAAUCAGGUCCAACCAGGGUCAACCACAACCUCAGUGUCUACCUCCGUCAGCGCCAGCUGCAGCCAGCCCUUGAGCCAGGGCACCUGCAGGGACUACACCAUCCUGUGGUACUACGACAAGCAGGCCAACUCCUGCGCCCAGUUCUGGUACGGCGGCUGCGGGGGCAACGACAACCGCCACGCGACGGAGGAGGAGUGCAAGAAGACCUGCGUGGUCUCCUGGAUAGUUGGAUAAGCUAAGGAGAAACGUGCUGUCGGCUCAAGACCGGAGAAUCUUCAGGAACCAAUCAGAAUGAAGUGGACUUUUGAUUGAUGUUUCUACUUACAGUAGAAAGAAUUUUUACUGGUGUCACUUCAGACAAUUUUGAUACACAAAAGAAAUAUUGGGUUAACCACAUCUGAGUCAAACAUGGUUUACCCGUUUAUCAUAGGCAUACUGAUGUUAGUUUUACUAUGGAGGGUAUUUUGUAUAUUGCCUCAAAAUAAUCAACUUCCUAAAUGAGCCACUUGCUACAUAGACUGAAUUUAUGUUUUUCUAGCAAGACUGUCGGUCUUGGUUUGAUAUGCUUUGUUGAAACAAAUGUAACACAUGCUCUGAAUAUUUUUGUAUUUGUAUAGCGUUAUUUCCCCUUCUGAAAGAAUUAGGGCUUAUGAUUGCAUUUGCUUUUAUUGUCUGUGAUGAAAGUUGGAAGAAUGUUUUACCUGCUAAAAAUAAUUAUAUUGAAUGUAAAUGUGUUUGUCUGUGUCUAAAAUCUCGGGAUCUUAUUUUUGUCCAAUCAUUAUCUCACUGAAUUUAUACUGUUGUGAAAAGGGAAGUUCAUAAUAAAAAUAAAACAAAUAUUUGUACAAUUUC